AUGUUGCCCGGCCUGCGCUCCGUCGCAACCAAGUCGGCAUUUGUCCCGGCGCGGAGCUUUUCGGUCUCUCCCUUCAUGAAGGAAGCGGCGCACACUCUGCCUACGAAGAAGCCCGUGGGCGCGUUUCGCGGAGGUCUGUUCGGAUUCCUUACUGGCGCGAUUGCUGCCAGCGCCGGAGUCUACUUCUAUGUCCUGGGCGAGUACAGGAUCGCGAACGAGAUGCUGACAGAAGAUAUUAUCGCUCUUCAAGGAGCUACACAAAAGCUGCAGACGUACAUUGGUGAAUUAGAAAGGAAGGUGGACCAGUUGCAGAAGAAGAAAUAA